AUUAUACAGAGUCUGAAUGGUUAAGACCUCUUAUCUGAAUUGAUCAGACAUUUGCCUCUGAAUAGUUAAGCAAUAUACUAGCUCUUAAUGGUUCAGACCUCUUACUGGUUCAGCACUUAAUGGUUCAGACCUCUUACUGGUUCAGCACUUACCUAUUCAGAAGUUGUCAAACAUCCCCUAAGUAAAACAAGUAUCUGGUCUGAACAUGAAAAGUGACGGAUCAGAUUAUGACCGAUCAAGAAUCGAUAGUGUUUGGGAAGACGCGGAAGCACUUGGGGAAAAUGAUCAGUCAGGGUGUGCCAUGCGAUUACGACGACGACGACGUGGAUUUUGAUGUGCUCGGAUGGUGGAAGCGGAACGAACACAUGUUCCCAUGUCUCGGCAUGCUAGCAAGACAAGUGUUAUCCGUUCCGGUAUCAACCGUAGCAGUUGAACGAGAAUUCAGUGCUAGCGGCAACAUUCUAACCGACUUUCGAAGUUGUCUUAGCGCUGAAUAUCUUGAAACACUGGUUUGCAACCAAGAUUGGCUCUUGGCAAGACGUCGAGCUCAAGAGUCAUCGUACCUACUCGAAUCGGAGCAUUACAUGAAUGCAACAACAGAUGGAAGUCCGAGUUCUGAAGAAUAAGUUACAAUUUUUUUAUGUUAAUGUAGAUAUGUAAUUAGUUUUUUUUAGGUGAGCGAUAUAUAAGCUCCUUCGAGGGUUUCUUUACGGUUCUUUACCUCGUCGCUUAUUUUGAACCGUCAGGAUAUUAAAUGUGGUUGUUAUUC